CUGUUCUUCUCUCCCAUUCUUCACUUUAUCUUUCCAACAACACCAUCACAAUGUCCUGCUACAAAGGAAAAUAUGCUGAUGAGCUCAUUGCUAAUGCAACCUACAUUGGUACACCGGGAAAGGGUAUUCUCGCCGCCGACGAGUCCACCGGCACGAUCGGGAAGCGUUUGCAGAGCAUCAACACUGAGAAUAAUGAAGCCAACAGGAGGACUCUCCGGGAGCUGCUCUUCACCACUCCCGGUGCUCUUCAGUACCUCAGCGGCGUCAUCAUGUUCGAGGAAACCUUGUACCAGUCCACCUCUUCCGGAAAGAAAUUUGUUGAUCUCCUGAAGGAAGGCAAGGUGCUUCCUGGAAUCAAGGUUGACAGCGGCACCGUAGAGCUCCCCGGAACCAAUGGCGAGACAACCACCCAGGGUCUCGACGGGCUAGCCCAACGGUGCCAGAAGUACUACGAGGCCGGAGCACGGUUUGCGAAAUGGCGAGCGGUUCUCAAGAUCGGCACCACCGAGCCAACUCAGCUCGCCAUCAACGAGAACGCCAACGGCCUAGCGCGCUACGCCAUAAUCUGCCAGCAAAACGGCCUGGUCCCGAUCGUCGAGCCGGAGAUCCUCGUCGACGGGCCCCACGACAUCGACAGAUGCGCCGACGUCUCCGAGCGCGUCCUCGCCGCCUGCUACAAGGCCCUCAACGACCACCACGUCCUCCUCGAAGGCACCCUCUUGAAGCCCAACAUGGUGACGCCGGGGUCCGAUUGCAAGACGAGGGCUAAGCCGGAGGUGAUUGCCGAGUACACGGUGCGGGCGUUGCAGCGCACCAUGCCGGCGGCCGUCCCGGCCGUGGUUUUCCUGUCGGGCGGGCAGAGCGAGGAGGAGGCGACGGUGAACCUGAACGCCAUGAACAAGCUGAAGACUAAGAAGCCAUGGAGCCUCACGUUCUCCUAUGGCCGCGCUCUGCAACAGAGCACGCUCAAGGCUUGGGGUGGGAAGCAGGAGAACUACAAGGCGGCGCAGGAUGUUUUCCUGGCCAGAUGCAAAGCUAACUCCGAGGCCACCCUCGGAACUUAUGCCGGCUCCGCUAACCUCGCCGAGGGCGCUUCCGAGAGCCUCCAUGAGAAGGAUUAUAAGUACUAAAACUAAGCUAAACAUGGCUUGGCAUCUUGGUUUGGAGGACAUGUGUGUGUUUUUUUGUUUUAAUUUUUUAUUUUCUUUUUCUUUAUAGCAUUUGGUAUCUCAGUAUCUGAGACUAAGGCUAGGGUUGCAAACGAGCCUAGCCGAGCUCGAGUCUGAGACUAAUUCCGAAUAAGCAUGAGAGUGUUUAUUACUAUUUAGGAUUUCUCUUUAAGUUUAUACCCAACACACCCCAUCCAACCCCCACCCCCACCCCAUCUUGUUAGUUUUCAAUAAAUCUUGAAUAACAUUGAAAUUUUGUAUGGAAUUCAAUGGCUUUUUUUAAUGAGAUUAUGAAUUUAAGUUGAAUUUAGAUUUUGUA